AUGCUCCCAUACGAGCAGGCAUCUCAAAUGGCCUCUGCUGAGGAAGUCCUACUUACUGCCUUCUUGUGGCGGAGGAUCAUUAAGCCGUGGGUACUUGGAGAGGAGAGCAAUACAUCUGGUCCACAAAAACAACGACAACAAGAACAUUUGAAAGCGUGUGGCAAAAGUUUCAAAUGGGUAAUGGAAGUUGGGAUUAUGGACAAUAAUUUCAUCUUCAUCAUUCAAAAGUUAAUAAAUAUCUCGAAUGAAGAAGAACCUGUGAAGAAGCCAUCAAGAGGAGCAUCAGCUGAAUCAAAAGGAAAUCGUAAAAAGUCUUUGAUCAAACAACCUCAGAAGGCAAGCACUUCAAAUGAAAGGAAAAAUUCCAAACCGACUGACGAAGAAUUCGCAAAACAGUCCGACUUGAAUGCAGUCAAGGAUACACUGCGAGGGUUGACGGAGGAAAAGCUGCCAGCCAUGGAGCAAUCAUUGAGGGAUAUUAAAUUAUUGAUGGACCAGAUUAAUUCCAAAUUGAAUGAGAAGCAGGAUGAGGAUUUGACAAACACGACUACGGAACCGAAACGCUCUGAACCAGAUGUAGAACAAAAAUCACCGAAUGACUCAAGUNUGAGCUCAGCGGAGAAUCGAGUUGAACAUGGAAACACCAAAUCAGGUCCACUGCCAUUGGAUCUCGAUCCCACGGACAGUGUGAUGAACGAUUUGGAUGAGGCGUCCAGAUUGCUCGUGUGCAGCAAGCUGAUCGGACUUCGAAAAUUGUCGUUCGCCGAACUCAUCUAUCAUCUGAAUAGGUGA